UCUCAUCUUAAAAACAUCUCGUCAACAAGCAAAGACUCGAAAUAAAAUAAAAUACAUAGUAAUUAUUGUAGAACAAAUUCAAGUACAUAAGCAUAUAUUGGUUGCUCCUUUUGUAAUAGUUAUACUUGGAAUACCACGUUUAGUCAUGGGAUUUGCAUCCAAAUGUAUGAAUUCAAACAAUGAUGCAACAUUAUAUCUUAUUGGAUAUUUUGUUUCAUUUAUUCCACCUAUGCUUACAUUCAUUAUCUUUGUAAUACCAUCGAAGUUUUAUAAAGAACAACUUGGUAAAGUUUGGGCUAAUAUCAAAAUUAAAAUAAACCGAAAAUUUGCUUCUCGUUAA